UAUGUGAAAACAACCACCCAAGUUGGGUGCCCUUUACAUUUCCUAAAAAUACUCUCUAUAGAUAUCUCUUGAAAGAAUUCAAUAUGUAUUUUGAAGGAGAAGAUGGCAGGGAGGCCUUGAAAAUGGGAUCGUGCAUACAAAGUGGUGGGCUGGAAGUCGAGACUACUGUUAGAAGCAUUUUGUGGUGCUUAUUUGAGGCUAUGUUGCAUGAUGAAUAAUUGAUUUAGGCAGUCGUGGUACUUGGUUUUUCUGGAGAGUUGGGCGUGUUAUUAACUUUAAAUGUUUCCCAACGUUAAGUCUCCUGUGGAAAAUAAAUCUCCAUAUUGUUGCCCCAGAUGAUCUUCCGGUCCCCCUCUUAAGCAUUCUGGUUGGACAUCGAAGACUGGGAAAGAAACACCUUCGAGUUCAAUCUGUUCAACACAUAUGAUGCUUCAAAGGUAAUAUUAAAAGACUACUUAUCUUGCAAGGGAAAGAGCUCUCUUUCAAGAAAUAAAUUCUUGCUGGAAGGAGUCAUAGAAACUCAAGACAACCCAGCUUAUUCGGUUAUGUCCUGACUUAACCAUACAUGUAUGUUUCUAGAACAGUAUGUGUGAAGUUGUAAGAGAUUUCAAUUGCUAUAGGUGUUCAUAAUUUUGCAGCCUGUGGUUUCUGUGGUGCUCAUUAGCAUUACAUAUGGCCUUUAUGGGUUCGCUGUCGGACAUCUGGAUUGUUGACUAGGGUUCUUUGAUAUAUGGCCUUGAUGAAUACCCAAGUUGAUAGUUGUAACGUCAUAUGUUGAGAGACUUUUGAGCCCCUUCACCUAAACAAACUUAUCUUUGGAUAUUCUUGACCGCCACCAAUUACCUAUAUUGCUCCCACUUGCAUUGCCUAAGGGUGUUCCCAUUCAACCAUUGUAUUUACCUCUUCUAGAGUGCAAAUACUUGCUCAAUGUUUCAGUGUAGUAGUGUUUAUAAGAAUGCCCAGAGUCUGUCGAGUUGCCUGAGUUGACUUGGAUCUGGUAUUUCUUGAGUUCUUAAAACGUAAAAAAACACCCCUCAAUAUUGAUUGCUUACUUCUGGAAAAACUGGUCAUUAUUUUCAAAAUAUUUCCUUCAAAAAUUUAUUUUUUGAACAAAAAUACAUGGCCAAUACAUUAGAAAUUUCUUCUACUAUCUUGACAACCAUUCUAUUUGUAUGGAAAUACUACUUUUAUAUAAUAAUUUUUUUUUUUGUUUAUAUUUUGACUUUAGGGAGACUUGGCUAAGACUCAAUGAAUCAAAUUGGCGUAUGGGAGUUAUCCAGUCCUGGGAUUAGGCAGCCCGAGUUGUGCAGGAACUGCAAGAGGCUUGGACAUUUCGCUAGAGAUUGCCCCAACGUCUCGAUCUGCAACAACUGUGGCCUUCCAGGGCAUAUUGCAGCAGAGUGCACCAGCAAGUCACUGUGCUGGAACUGUCGAGAACCAGGGCACAUGGCGAACCAGUGCUCCAAUGAGCCCAUAUGCCACACCUGUGGAAAGAUGGGUCAUCUCUCGAAGGAGUGCUCAGCCCCUGAGUUGCCCCCUGGUGACCUUAGGCUUUGCAACAACUGCUACAAGCAGGGCCAUGUUGCAGCCGAUUGCACAAACGAGAAGGCCUGCAACAAUUGUCGAAAAACCGGUCACUUAGCUCGUGAUUGCUCUAACGAGCCUGUGUGCAAUAUUUGCAAUGUUGCUGGCCAUGUAGCUAGGCAGUGCCCAAAGGCUGAAGUUUUUGGUGAGAGAGAGCGAGGUGGGCGGGGUGGCUUCAACUAUAGGGGGGACAUGGUGUGCAGGACUUGCAAUCAGGUAGGGCACAUGAGCAGGGAUUGCAUGGGGGUUGUUAUAUGUCACAAUUGUGGGGGGCGUGGGCACUUAGCCUAUGAGUGCCCAUCAGGUAGGCUUAUAGACCAGGGGAUGCGCAGGUACUGAUCGACUGAAUUUCAAUAGGUUAAGAUCAAUGACCAGGAGCUCGAUGCGGAUGUGUGUAUGUGUGUAAGACAUUAACAUUAUUGUCAAGGUAGGAUACUUAAGAAAUCUAGCUUGGGACUUGGUGUGGAAGUUUUUCAUUUAUUUUAAUGUUGGAUUAUUGUGUUGGUUCGCUUGUGGUCGACAUGAGUGGUGUUUAGGAUUACUUGUCUGAUGUCUCUUGGGACCCGAUGUAUUUUGUUUGUUGGAGGUUCUUGACAAUCAUAUGAAUGUUAGGCUGUUUCCUAUCUA